AUGCCGUCACUUAUUAUUGAGGAUACCAAAGGAAAGAUCAUCAGUAUCGGCGCGCCUUUUGCUAGAAGUGAGGUAUAUUUAUUGGGCGAGUCUAAUUGA